AGCCGCAGGCCGGAGCCUCCUCAUCUCCCCUCCGGCCCAGUGGUGGCGGGGACCCGAGCUGUUGGGGCCCGCGCCCCGCGCCCGCCAGUCAUGGUGGGUCACCUGCAUCUGCAGGCCAUGGGGGACACGCGGGAGCAGAGCCGCGACGGCUUGCUGGACAGUCCCGACUCGGGGCUGCCCCCUAGUCCCAGUCCUAGCCCGCCCUUCUAUGCCCUGUCGCCGGGCACCCUGGACGCCCGUGCCACCACCGAGACUCCAGGACCCAAUGAGGCACCAGCGGCCACUCCCCUCUUCCAAAGUCCCCCGGCCCUAGAGAUGAGACCCCGUCUGCUGCCUGUGUUCUUUGGGGAGAGCAUCAAGGUGGACCCAGAACCUCCACAUGAAAUCCGCUGCAACUCUGAGGUCACCUACGCCUCAGAGAGGUACUUCCGCGACAAGAUCUUCUACGUUCCGGUGCCCACGGUCACAGCCUACAGUGAGACCAUAGUGGCGGCGCCCAACUGCACGUGGCGCAGCUACCGCAGCCAGCUGACCCUAGAGCCUCGCCCGCGUGCCCUGCGCUUCGGGAGCACCGCCAUCAUCUUCCCCAAGCUGGCCCGCAGCUCCUUCCGCACCACACUGCACUGUAGCCUAGGCCAGCCCCGCCACUGGUUCUCUGCCAGCCUGCAGCUGCAACGGUGCGGUGAUCCUGUGCCCAGUUCCAACAGCCCUGAUGUACUCUGAGGAGCCCAGGCUUGGUGGCAGAGGAGCAGAGAGAGUCUGGGAAAGGUCCUGGGAAGAUGGACCAGGGCUCGGCCUAGAACCCGGGCCCCAGGAGGAGACAGAACCCCGUGGUCUGGACAAAUGAGCAUGCGGCUGCUUCUGGCAGCCUGUCGCCACCACAGGCUGGGCCUGAGCUCCAGCCUAGAGGAUUCUGUGAAUGUAUCUUUCAUUGCCUUUUAUAGCUGCCAGGCUGGAUGGCUUCAAGUGCAGGGCCAAGCAUGUCCUGGUGUGCCCUUGAGGCAGAGACAGCCCUGUGUACCACAGGGCACAGAGGACCCAGCCUCAGUAGUUGCCUGGCUCCCAACCUUGCUCUCAGAGAGGGUCGUUUUCAAAACAGGCCCUUCAAACAUGCUGGUCCCAGCUGAGAACCCCCAAGUGCAGCGGGCUGAACUAGCUUCCCUUGGGCUGAACUGGCAAAGACUGUGGCCUCAGGCUGUCCAGAACACAUCCUCUGCAAGGCACAGCCCUUCAGAGCAGUCCCAAGGGUCCCCACAAGACGUAUUCCUGACUAGCUUAGAACUUUUGAGCCUCCAAGCUUUCUGGCCAGGGGCCAGGGAGGCUUUAAAGCUAAUAAUAGGACAUUACCAGCACCUGCCUACAGCCGACUCUAGACUCAAGGUUCCGAUCCCGGCUUCAGAUGCAAGAGAAAGCGUGGCAGCUUCUCUUGGCCUUAGUUCUUACCCAGAAUGGACCCUACUGAUAUCACAAUUUCUGAGCACCCAGGCUCACCCUUGCAUCUGUGGUGUGGUGAAAGAGAGCCAUGCUUUGGGCUCUUGCCCACAACCUGAUGCUGCCCCAUGGUGUCCAGGCUAAAAUGACUUCCCCCUACAAGUCCACUUAGAGGUAGAGAUGUCCUUUUGACCUCAAGUCUCCAGUAGCCAGAAACUUGCCUGCUGCCCCUGUGGUGGCCAGUGGAGAGAAAGGAUACCCUUCGUGGGUCAAACGGAACCCAAAUGACUGCUGGAUUCCCAUCUAUUUAUACAGGUUAUCAGAGGUGCCUCCUGGGUAAAGAACUUCAGAAAUUGGUGACUUAU